GUCUACAACUCGCUUCCGCUGUGGUCCUCCUGGAAGGACUUUGGCUUGUGGGGGUGGGUGAGGUGGCCUGCGUAGGCGAGGCCCCUGGCUUUCGUUCACCCGCUGUGCUUUCUUUCCUCGUGAGAGGAAAAAGAGUUAAAUACGGCUCGAUGUGCCAUCAUUUGUUAUGGUGAAAGCAGCAUGCUUGAAUUUUCUGAAGUUGUGCAAAAUAAAAUAUUACAAUUAUUGCCUUAUUCACAAUGUACAGAGGGAUUUUAUCAUACAAACAGGAGAUCCUACAGGAACUGGCCGUGGAGGAGAGUCUGUAUUUGGACAACUGUAUGGUGAUCAAGCAAGCUUUUUUGAGGCAGAAAAAGUGCCAAGGAUUAAGCACAAGAAGAAAGGCACUGUGUCCAUGGUGAACAAUGGCAGUGAUCAACAUGGAUCUCAGUUUCUUAUUACUACAGGAGAAAAUCUAGAUUACCUUGAUGGUGUUCAUACAGUGUUUGGUGAAGUGACAGAAGGCAUGGACAUAGUUAAGAAAAUCAAUGAGACCUUUGUCGACAAGGAUUUUGUACCAUAUCAAGAUAUCAGGAUAAAUCAUACAGUGAUUUUAGAUGAUCCGUUUGAUGACCCUCCUGAUUUAUUAAUUCCUGAUCGAUCACCAGAACCUACAAGGGAACAAUUAGAUAGUGGUCGAAUAGGAGCAGAUGAAGAAAUUGAUGACUUCAAAGGAAGAUCAGCUGAAGAAGUAGAAGAAAUAAAGGCGGAAAAAGAGGCUAAAACUCAAGCUAUUCUUCUAGAGAUGGUGGGAGACUUACCUGAUGCAGAUAUUAAACCUCCAGAAAAUGUUUUGUUUGUGUGUAAAUUGAAUCCAGUGACCACAGAUGAGGACUUGGAGAUAAUAUUCUCAAGAUUUGGGCCAAUAAGAAGUUGUGAAGUUAUCCGAGAUUGGAAAACAGGAGAAUCCCUCUGUUAUGCUUUUAUUGAAUUUGAAAAGGAAGAAGACUGUGAGAAAGCAUUCUUCAAAAUGGAUAAUGUACUUAUUGACGACAGGAGAAUACAUGUGGAUUUUAGCCAGUCUGUUGCAAAGGUUAAAUGGAAAGGGAAAGGUGGGAAAUAUACCAAGAGUGAUUUCAAGGAGUAUGAAAAGGAACAGGAUAAACCAUCCAAUUUGGUUUUGAAAGAAAAAGUAAAGCCCAAACAGGAUGCGAAAUAUGAUCUUAUACUAGAUGAGCAGGCAGAAGACUCAAAGUCAAGUCACUCACACACCAGUAAAAAACACAAAAAGAAAACCCGUCACUGCUCUGAAGAAAAGGAAGAUGAAGAAUACAUGCCAAUCAAAAAUCCUAAUCAGGAUAUCUACAGGGAAAUGGGCUUUGGACAUUAUGAAGAUGAAGAAAGUUGUUGGGAGAAACAGAAGAGUGAAAAGAGAGACCGACGUCAGAACCGCAGUCGUAGCAGAUCUCGAGAAAGGGAUGGUCACUAUAGUAACAGCCACAAACCCAAGUACCAGACAGAUCCUUAUGAAAGGGAAAGGAGUAGAAAGAGAGACCGAAGCAGAAGUCCAAAGAAAUCCAAAGACAAAGAAAGAUCUAAGUACAGAUGAGUGGGGAAGAAAAGGAAGUGAAUGACUAGCAGGUCUGCUCCUGCCUGGUUUGGAGCUCUCACAGAUGCUCAGAGUUCCUGCUGGUAACGCUAACUCUGCCUGCCUCCGUGUUGGUGGUGCACACUAAGGGUUUGGGGCACUGGAAGAGAGUGGGCAUUUUCUGUGUAUACUUUUAUAUAAAUUUUAUUGUUGUGCAUACAUGUUAGUAUUCAUAUUUAACAUCUUUCAUAUUUUCAGCCUUUUUUAAAUGAAGCAUUUCAUACCACAGAAGUCCAUAGAAUUGUAUAUAAUACAUAAAACAUAGUAAAUUGUAUACCGGGCUGCAGUGUAAGAGUGUCGCUUGCUAUGAAAGUUUCAUAUGUUCUUUCUCCCUCUAGAUUUUAUCAUUCUGAGUUAUAUUUACCUUGCUGUUAAUUUCAUAUGGUUUGGAAUUUUAUAAAAAUGACACAAUAUAUGUUUACUUCUGUGACUUAAGAGUUGAUUCAUUUUUAUUGUAACGUAGCUGUAAUGGAUAUGGGGCAGUUGAUCAGUUGAUGGGCCUUUGACUUGUUUGUUAGUUUUUUUUUUCCUGGCCAUGUGGUUUGAGUUUUCAAUGCGUUUAUAAUUAUGGUUGCUUAAUUUACCUGGUAUGUGGAUUUGCAUGGGGGCAGAGGUAGCCACAAGAGUGUCAGUCCACUGUGCGGCUUAGAGCAGUUGUUGCUUCAUUGCUGUACAUAGUCUUGACCACCAAUAGAAGAGGCUUAGUUAUGUAAGAAGUUAGCUUCCUGGCUAGGAAGAUGGCUUGGAUUGCCCUGUGCAUGCUUCACAAGCAUAGAACUGAGUUCAGAUCCUGAGGACCACAUAACCAGGCUGACAGGGCACAUGCUUCUAUCCCAGCACUGGAGAGGCAGGAGCAGGUGAAGCUCCAGGGCUAGUGAGAAACCUUGUCUCAAACUGUGAUGGAGAGUGAUUGAGGAAGACACCUGACUGACCUCUCGCCUCCACAUACGUGCACACAAUUGUGUAUGCACGUACACCCAGAGACGAAGAAACAGCCAUCCUGGAUAGACAGCUGUAAGUAUUGCUUGCAUAGAUGAUUCUAAAGUGUGGUCUGGAAGAAUGAGCAAGAGAUGAGCUGGGAACAGUGAGAAUUCACCUACUGACAGCUGAGACUUGAUUUAAUAGCUCUGGAAUAUUGAAAUGGUAAAAAUUUAUAUACCAAGCGUUUCAGGGUAAAAUAUCCUUUAUUGCAAAUUUUAUUGCUGUUUUAUUUUCCCUACACAUUUGACAGUAAUUUUAUGUACUUAUGGAGGUGUAAUGUGUUUUAUAUAUGUUCAUAUUCUGGGAUGAGUAAAUCCAUUUACAAACAUCA